AUGGAUUUGCCACCAACAUGUAACUUAGCUCGUGACAAGGAAAAUCAAGUUUGCAAGCUCAGAAAGUCAUUGUAUGGGUUAAAGCAAUCCCCCAGGGCAUGGUUUGGCAGAUUCACUAAAUCCAAUAUGAAUUUUGGAUAUAUACAAAUCGUAACUGGAAACGACACAGGAGAGCAACUGAAACUACAAAAGUAUUUGUCUCAGGAAUUUGAGAUGAAGGAUUUAGGUGAUCUGAAGUACUUUCUAGGAAUUGAAGUAGCCAGGUCCACAAGUGGUAUAUUUCUGUCUCAAAGGAAGUAUGUAUUAGAUCUACUCACUGAAACAGGAAUUCUUGGAUGCAAACCUGCUGAUACACCCAUCGAGAUGAAUCAUAAGUUAUGUGAAGACAUGGAUCAAGAACCAACCAACAAGGAACAGUACCAACGCCUUGUUGGAAGGUUGAUAUAUCUAGCUCACACAUGGUCAGACAUUGCAUAUGUUGUGAGUGUGAUACUUAAAAUUAGCACCUGGAAAAGGAUUAAUGUUCUCAAAAAUAAAGAUCUCGAAGUUGUUGGAUAUACAGAUGUUGAUUGGGCUGGUUCUAUUACUGACAGACGCUCUACUUCAGGUUACUUUACUUUUGUGGGAGGUAAUCUAGUCACUUGGUGGAGUAAGAAACAAAAUGUGGUUUCUCGGUCGAGUGUUGAAGCAGAGUAUCGAGGAAUUGCUCACGGAGUUUGUGAAUUACUAUGGAUCAGAAGACUAUUGACAGAAUUGGGGUUCAAGCAAGAAAAGCCAAUAGAGUUACAUUGUGAUAACGAGUCAGCCAUCUAUAUUACCCAUAAUCCAGUUCAACAUGAUCGAACUAAACAUGUUGAGGUGGAUAGACAUUUUAUCAAAGAAAAACUUGAGAAGAAGAUUAUCCGCCUACCAUUCGUAAAAUUAGAAGAUCAGUUGGCAGAUAUAUUAUAUGUACCUCCUUAUGGAGAAGAAUAA